AUGAUCGAGGAGCUCGAGGCGUACGCGCGCGAGAGCAAGGUGGACGAUUUGUUCCGAGACAUGAUGACGGGAUGUUUCAAGACGCGACCGAGCUCGCCGGCGACGUACAUCUUGGAGUAUCUCGCGAGCUCGCACCCAGAGGAGAGCUUGGAGCACGCGCGGGCGUUCGUGGACCUGAAGGAUGGAAUACUCCGCGAAUCGGCAAAGAGAAAUGCACCGGACACGGCAGAUUGCGUCAUAGAUACUGCCGUGGCCGAUGUGACCACACCAUGCGCCGAAGUCGAGAAGGAGACGCCCGAGGAAAUCGUCGAGGCGCCUCUCACGAUGGACGCGAACGACGAAUCUGAGCACGCGGAAGAACAGCCCGAGCAGGAGGCGUUCGAGCCGGUUGAACCGGUCGAAGACGAAGGGGGCGACGAGAUACAAGAGGAAAAAGGAUCAAAGACGAAAGGGAGAGACAUCGUCGAUGAGUCGGACAGAGAAGGCGAAGGCGACAUCAGCGUUGAGCAAGAGGACUGA